GGUAGCAAACAGGAAGGGCUUCUGAACAGAGUCUAUCAUAGGUUAUCAACAAUGAGAGGAUCCUAUCACUCAGCUAAAGCGAAGAAUUCCCAAUUCGACAUCAAAGGUCGUUUGAAGCGCAGUGCCUGGCCCUACAUCUCAGACCCUCGAGAACGGUUCUUGAACCAUCCCCUGCAGAUCAUGACGAGCCUUCAGCGCGAAAGUCUCCUCGAUCACCCCGUCGUCACCACCUUCCUGCAUCACAAGUGGGUCUCAGUGGGUCGCUACGCCUUCAUCUCCUCCCUCGUCAUCUACCUUCUAUUCCUCUUCAUGCUGACCGGGUUCAUCAUCGUCAUGCCACCCAGCUACUAUGUCCAGUCCUUCAACCACACCCUGGAGAACCCGGAUCGCAUCACCUGGAAGGCCGAUGGGAAGCAGAGAUGGGUGGACAGCGCCUCGCAUUUCAACGUGCUCAUCUUCAACCGGUUUGGGUACAUCGUCAUCAUCGCCCUGUCCGUGCUCAAUUUAUUCAGAGAGAUUAUACAGAUGGCAGUUCACAGACUAAACUACUUCAAGAGUGCUAACAACUAUCUGGAGCUCUUCUUAUACAUCGCUGCUAUCCUGUUUACCCUGCCACGGGGUGACGUCGAAUUCGUCAACAAUGGUCAUCUUAUACAGCCAUGGCAGUGGCCCUUAGGUGCCUGUGCAGGGUUUCUGGCUUGGAUCAACCUGGUUCUCUUCAUGAGAAGAUCAUCCCUACUGGGCAUCUAUGUCAUCAUGUUCUUAGAUAUCACACGAACUUUCCUGAAGUUUGCAUUCAUCCUGUUCAUUGUUGUCAUGGCAUUCGCACUGACAUUCUACGCUUUGCUGAUGAACAAGAGCGCGUUUCACACUGUGGGCGACUCAUUGGCCAAGACUUUCGUCAUGAUGAUAGGCGAGUUUGAUUUUGAAAGCAUUUUCUUCAGUAGCGACUACAUGGAAUCCCAGUCCACUUCUUUCACCGACUCUCUCUUCAUACCAAAACUGACCUAUGUUUUCUUCAUCCUCUUCGUCGUGCUCAUGCCUAUUCUCAUGAUGAACAUGUUGGUUGGUUUAGCGGUUGAUGACAUCCAAGCUAUUCAAGCCAAAGCACACCUUCAUCGACUUACAAUGCAGGUUGAUUAUGUGAUGGAGCUGCAGUGUAAAUUUCCGCUGUGGGUAUGGAGAUCGUCUGUUAUUCGUAGGAAGGCAUUCGUCGUGAGUAAGACGAGGGUCGGCAAAUGGAUGCAGCUAAUUUCGAGUCUGAGGAAAGAACUGAAGAAAGCGAUUAAAAUUUGCAAUAACAAACAGCUUGCGGACGAGGAUCGGAUCAAGGAUAUUUCCCUGAAGGUAGAUGAGGUUAUCCAUGAUAUGAGAGAAAGGCAUGGCAAACAAGUCCAGGAGUCGGAGAGCGUUCAUAACUUGCAGAAGAGUAUCCAUCAUCGAGUGGUUCAUCUUGAAGACAGCUUGAAACUCCUGCACAAGAAGAUGGAUGCCUUACUCGAGAGGAAGGCAGAGCAAAAAGAUUAAUAUUCUUAACUAACGACAAAGCCCCCACCCCUCCCCUCCUUCUUCCUCCUCUCUUUUCUCAAAGUGAGGCGGUCCGUAAAAUGAAAGAGACUUAGCAAACGAGUCCAGUUUAUGGAGAGUUUUUAGAACUCACGAAAGAACAAUUUGGAAGACAGUGUGAACUCCCAGUCAAGAAGAUGAAUGCCUUUCUAGAGAGGAGGGCAGAGUAAAGAGAGUAAAUCUUCGUAACUAUGGGAUUCCCCCUCCCUAUCCCCUCCUCAUUCAGUUUUUAUACUGUUGUCAAAGCUUUGGAACCAAUGACCAAACUCAGGAACGGUAUAAUUGCGAAAUACAUUUGUAUCUGUAGAAUACAUAAAGAACUAUCAUGACACGAAUUAAGCCUAUCUAGAUCGCUAGAUAAUGUGUGUUGGGGUUGGGGGGGGGGGGAGGGGCUGUAAGAAAAAAAGAAAGAAAGAUAAUGACAUGCUUACAAAGUGAUGAAAACUCUAUGUUAAUGCAAUAAUAAUAUAACUCGUACGUACAUGUAUAUCCACCUGUAAAAUAAGCUUAAAGACUUUAUGUGCAUUAUCAUAGAUUAAGAUAAAUGGUUAUUGUAUUCGAACAUAAAGUAUAUAUUUCUUUAAAAAUCUUAUAUAUCACAAUAGUUUUUUAUGGGUAUUGUAGGUAAUGUCAAGCUAAUUUUGUUCGAUACGAUACCAUCCACAUCUAUAUCUGGUCAUUGUAUUACGUUAAUAAACCAAUGCCUAGUUUACAUUUGGCCUGCGAUUAGUCUACGGAGCGGGAAAUUGAACAAACUUGAAGAAAAAAAUGAUUUGUGUUAGUAAGGAAACAUAACUUCUGGAGUGUCAAUGUUAAAGCAGUAGGGUACAUUAAUGCUACUAUGGUUUUAUUAGCUAACAGUCACGAAAUAAAGUUAUACAUAUUGGAUUUUAAUACCGAUAUUAUAGAUUUUGUAGCAGGUCUUAGUUGCAGUGACCCAAUAAAGCAAUCAUACAAAGGUGCAGUGCGAUGUAGUGCAGUUUAUUCACCAAUCGUAAACAAAUACUCAAAAACAAAUACAAAGAAAGGCAAAGGCAGAAGAAUAAAACAUAAAUAAUUACAUGUUCAAAAUAGUAGUUGCAUAUAUUAAUAUAAUAUGAACAUAAGUUAUAUUAGAAUAACAAGAUAUAACACUCAUUUAUCUUAUUGUAAUGUAGUGUGGGUAAACACAUAUCCAACGGAAUUGCAACCAUUGUAUAUAUUACAGAAAAGAGCUAUUCGUAUCUGUUUAUUUUCUUGGAGACAAGCCCAUACUAAAGGAUAAUUUUUUUAAUUUCAUGUUCUUACUGUCUUUCAACUCAGAUCUUACUACAGCACUGUGUAAUAUUACUUUUUAAACAUAAGCAGAGUAUGCUCCAAAAAAUCAUUAUCAGCAAUGCUCACUUUGAAUGCAGUUGUACAUGACCAUACUAAAUACAAGAAGCAGAGAUAAAUAUCAUCUAUGGACUGUUAAUAUAUCUUUUAGAUAUCAUGCUACUGUUAUCUGGAAUAAUCUUCUACUAGAAAUAAAGUCAUUUAACUCAAUGAAUACCUUUAAAAGAAAACUCAAAUCAUACUUAAUCACAAGUGUUUGAAAUUUAAAUUGUUGAUUUUGCUGCCUUGUAUUGUCCUGUGGUGAGUUUGUGCGGUAAUAUGUAUUUUUGAAUAGAAUAUGUCAUAUAUUCGUAAUCAUUUAUACCUUUUAAUAUAGUACUCUAUUAUCUUAUACAUUUUCUAUAUAAUAUAGAAUGUUCAAUGCAACCUUUUUUACCUUUAUUAAGUGUGGUCGUCUCGACAAAUCCUCAUGGUUGUUAUGGUCACCAAAUUCCAAUAAUGCUCUAUCUUGUGUUGUUAUCUGAUGUAUCGCUUUAUUGUUUUAUCAUUUUACCUUAUUUCGUACUCUUGGUGGAUUUAUACUGUUAUGAUUGUAUUCUGUUCUGUAUUGGAAUUGAAUAAACUGAAUUGAAUUGAAUUGACAUUA